AUGACUUCCAGGCUGUCUUUGGGCAGCUUCCUGGCCAAAGCGAAGGCUGCUCUGACGACUCCUGCUGCGCAACGAAAAGGGCCUCUCACUUUUGUUGUAGGAAAUGAAUCAGCAGAUCUUGAUUCUCUUUGCUCAGCUCUUGUCUAUGCCUACAUGCGCACUCAUACCCCUCCUCAUACCCUACACAUUCCCCUCUCAAACCUCACCCGCGAUGACCUCGCUCUGCGCACUGAGAUGUCAGCUGUGCUAAAGCACGCAGAACUUACACUCAAGGAUCUCCUGACUUUAUCUGAGCUGCCGGAUCUGAAACCCGAGGAGACAAACUGGUUGCUAGUGGACCAUAACUCGCUCACAGGCCCGCUUAAGAAGUUUGCCGAUCGAGUUACUGGCUGCGUUGACCACCACGCUGAUGAGAAUGUCAUCAGCAAUGAUGCGGAUCCGAGAGUUGUUGAGCCUUGUGGAAGUUGCAUGAGCUUGGUCGUGGAGGAGACUCGCAAAACGUGGGAGGAGCUUUCUAACCAGGAGGUUGAAGGUAGUGACGCGGCUACUGAAAACGAGAAGCUUGUCAAGCUCGCUUUUGGUCCCAUUAUCUCCGACACGAUAAACUUAACGGCUAAAUCAAAAGUUCGCGAGCAAGACCUAAAUGCAGUCGCAUUCCUCGAGGAGCAAAGCAAGGACAUGUCCUUCGAUCGCACGGCCUACUUUGACGAAAUCUCUGCUGUGAAGGAGGAUAUUUCAGGCUUGAGCUUUCGCGACAUCUUCCGCAAAGACUACAAAGAAUGGGACGGUUCAGGCCUCAAACUUGGAAUCAGCUGUGUCGUACAAGACUUCGACUAUCUCGUUGCUAAGGCUGGCGCUACAGAGCCUCUUAUUACUGCGUUCGAAGAUUGGGCGAAGGAGCGUGAACUUGAUGUGGCGAGCAUAAUGACGACGUCUCAUUCUACCGGAAAGUUUCAACGACAUCUGCUUGUGUGGGGAAUCACCGAGGAAGGUCGUGAGGCAGUGGAUAGAUUUGUGAAGGCGGGUGAGCAGUUGCAGUUGGAGACGUGGAAGGACGAGCAAUUGGAUGAUCGUGAGAACAAGAGAUUUGCGUGGAGGCAGAAGGAACUUGCAGCUAGUAGAAAGCAGGUUGCGCCUUUGUUGAGGGAAUCGCUUAACAAGAAUUGA